AUGGUCGUGUCAAUUCAUCCAAUUCAUUGAUCGUUGAUCGUUGAUGAUCGAUGUCGUAGGAGGGCAAUAAGCGAUACCCCCAAGUAUAAUACAUCUACGUAUACCACCUCUUGCCUACCGCCAUGCCUCACAUCCUAACCACCUCGCUGCGCCGGGCGGUCACCAACCGUUCCCUCCACACCUCGCGGAUCCUGGCGACCGCUUCCAGCAACUCUUUGCAUUCCCAACUCAGCCCUGCCGACUUGCAAAAGGUCGAGACGGAUGGGAACAAGGAAGGUCUGCAAAAGACUAUCAAGGGAUUCGGGAGGAGCAGAAUCUUUAGGGAUGAGAAGGGACCUACCUACGAGCAUAGGUUCUUGAAGGGUCCGGGGACCGUUGCUGUGGUUGGCUGUCCUUUUAGCGGCGGACAGGGUAAAUCCGGUGUCGACCUCGGUCCCAACGCUCUCGUCGAACGAGGCCUCCUCUCCCAACUAUCCGAACUCGGCUGGAACGUGCACUACGAAGGCCCUGCCGAGUUUGACGAUAUCCCUUAUAUCAACCCGAACCAGCCCGGAGCUUCGAAUGGACGGGAGGUCUUGCCCGAUCCGGAUAUCGGGAAGAUGAAGAAACCUCGGUUGGUCAGCGCUGUAAAUCAGAGAGCAAUGGAGAUUAUCAGGGAUCAUGCGAUGGAGGGGAGAUUGCCCCUGACUUUGGGAGGAGAUCACAGUCUGGCCAUGGCGACCGUCUCGGGUAUCAAGGCCAAAUACCCCGAUGCAUGUGUCGUUUGGGUCGACGCUCACGCCGAUAUCAACACCCCCGCCACAUCCGACAGCGGCAACAUCCACGGCAUGCCCAUCUCCUUCCUCCUCGGCCUCCCCGGAACCGACGUAGCCCCCUUCUCGGACUGGAUCAAACCUUGCUUGAAACCCUCUGAUAUCGUUUAUAUCGGGCUUCGGGACCUGGACGCCGAGGAGAAGAAGAUCUUGCGGGACUUGGGUAUCAAGUGUUUCACCAUGCACGAGGUGGAUCGAUUGGGAGUCGGCGAGGUUGUGAAAAAGGCUCUGAAGCACGUGAACCCGAAGGGAGAACGACCGGUUCACUUGAGUUUCGAUGUGGAUGCUUGUGAUCCUAGUGUUGCCGGAAGUACCGGAACACCUGUACGAGGCGGUCUGACAUUCAGGGAAGCUCACUACAUCUGCGAAGCGAUCGCCGAGACCGGUUGUCUCGUCGGACUGGAUAUUAUGGAGGUCAACCCGGCUCUGGGUGACGACAAGUCGGUCAAUGAGACGGUCGCGGUAGGUUGCUCUUUGGCACGAGCGGCACUGGGGGAGACUUUACUCUAGCCGGACUGCGUCUGUUUGAUUAUGGAGGAGAUAAGCGGGUAGUAGACGGGUUGGGAGGCGGCUUGAUAACACAUGGAUACGGCUAGCGCUGUAUGCUACAUUGCAUGGACGAAAUCAGAUAAUCGCAUUUGUUGGGAGAUUUGUUUGGCCGU